AUGCGGUGGAAAAGGAACGUCUUGCGGCUGCUUCUUUUGGCCGCCGCGGUGGUGACUCUUUUCGCCCUGCCCGCCAUGGCCCACGCUGUAAAAUUAGAACGCUCCAGGGAGCUUGACGCGAAAACAUUUCACAGUGUUGUGAAUGAUCCAUCGAAGCACGUGUUUGUCGUCUUUUAUGCCGAGUGGUGCGUUCACUGCCUUCGCCUUCUGCCCAAAUGGGACGAGUUGGCAGGCGAAAUGAAAGAAAUGCCGAAUGUUGUCAUUGCGCACAUUGACGCAUCUUUACACUCCGAAAUCGGAGUUCAAUACGGCGUGCGCGGCUUCCCGACGCUGCGGCUCUUCACAAAGGGAAACAAGGAAGGCGCACUUUACCAAGGCCCGCGCGAAGUGACGGCGUUGAAGAGUUUUGUCACGAGAUUUAUGUAG